AGCAUGUGCUUUCGCGGGACCCACAACGCGGCUGCUGUCGCCGUCGCAGCUAGCGUCCUCGGGCUGUUGCAGGGCGCGGUCUGGGCCGUCCUCGGUCUUCUGGGCUUCCUCCUCUUCUGGUGCCACCUGCAGCCGGCGUCACCGGACAACUUCGGAUUCGUCCUCUACGCCUUCUUCUUCUACAACCCAGAGUGCGGGCAGCUGCCGGACGAGCUGAACGCGACGUGGCCCACGGCGCAGUCGGGACUCGUGAGGACGACCUCGGUGGUGAGCAUCGCCUACCUGGCCGUCGGCACCGCCUGGGCGCUCCUCUCCCUGCCCCUGCUCGUGGUGUCGCUGCGCCGCGUGUCCGGUCUGGCGUGCCUGCUGUCCAGCUACGCGUGGGCGCUGGCCGCGACCGCCUGCCUCACGCUGGACGUGCUGGCCACCGUGGCCUACGGCUUGGACGUCAACGAUCAACUGCCGAUCUUCAGCCAGCUGGACGAGUCGACGCAGAACCUGGUGCAGGGCCUGCAGCCGCUAUGCAUGGCGCUGAUGAUGCUGCUGACGUCACGCUUUGUGCUGCUGUGGCUCGUGGACGCCGUACUGGUAGUCAUGGUCGUGAUGGGCGCGCGCCGGCUGCGUGACAGUUUUGAAGACGAUAAGGUGAUGAGCACGGGCCCGCCCCGGAAGCCAGACGGCCAGGCGCUGCCGGAGUACCUGGGCUACGACCCCAGCUCGCCGCCGCUGCACCCGCAUGACCCAAGAGUGACCGCUAUGCGGAAGGACAUGCGCCUGCUGCCCGAGGCGAACCUGCGUCGCAGCCCUGUGUCCUCCAUGACGGAGGAGGACCUCUACCACCACCAGUACGCCAGGCCCUUCACCUACACGCCACAGCCUCAGCAGCAGCAGCAGCAGCAGCAGCAGCCACCACAGGCCCUCCAACAGAGGAGGCCGCAGAGUGACAUCGAGAAGCGUCCUCAGGCACACAACCAGAAGAAGCGGACGGACAAGGAGAAGCCCCGCGGAAAGGAGAACGUGCGGCUGCGGCCCGAGGAGCUGCCUGGCUACAGCAUCCUGCCGCUCAAGAAGGGCUUCGACCCGCCGCCGGCGCCUGCGGAGCGCCCCCCGCCGGAGGACGGCGUCCUCAGGGGCGACACGGCCCGCAGGGACUUCCGGCGCCGCCUGGAGCACCAGCUGGAGCAGCCCCGCCGCCUCUCGCCCGCACCCGACCCGCGCGCCGUCUCGCUAGAAGACUACGCCAGGAGAGACGACGGGCGCGGGGGCGCGCAGCGGCUGCCUCCCGAGCAGCUGCGCAGCCUGCUGCCCUGGAGCUACCUGGCGCCGCCCGAGGAGCUGCCGCGCCGCCACGCCAGGCAGGACUCUGACGCCGACCUGGAGAUGCCGCCGGUGCCCGUGCCGGACUACACGCUGCACUUCGGGCAGCGCUCGCGCGACCGCCUGCCCUCCUCCAGCCCCGCCUCGUCCUCGUCUGGGUUCGCCGAGGAGCGCACUCGUGCCGCCGGUGGUAGACGCAAGGAGGUGCUGUACUAACCAUGGCCUCCAGAUCCGUCUAUUGCCCCUUCAAGACCUGCUCUAAAGCUGUACCAGGAUGUUUGCAGCCUAAGGGUCUAUCGCAUACAAUAGUCUACAUGUACAUGUGUAUAUAAUCACCUUGAGCAUAUUUCCAAGACACUUUGAUAAAAGUUAUUGAAUGAGUUUAUGACUGAGGUCUUCAACACAAAGAAUGAAUAUAUUUUUCCUCAGAAUGAAACUAGCACUAGGUAACAUAGCCAUCAUCUAAUUUGCAAAUGGAUAUUGGCUUAAAUUUUUCCACUAUUUCACAGCCUGUAUAUGAAAAUGUCCUAGGCUUUCUAAAGAAUUUCAUAUUUUAUAAAACAAAAAUAAUUUAUGUAAGUUACAGCAACGAUCCUCCAUUGUAUCUUGUCACUGAAAGUAGGGACUUUAACUUUAAUUUUGGAAAUCAUUUUUGUAAGAGAGACAUUUCGACACAAGGGAAUUUUUUCUGAUAAGAGGAGUUUCGUUUACCAUUUCUCUUAUUCUGAGCUACUAUCAACUGCUUAUAAGCACACAUUCUUCUGCUAUGUGGAGUAUGUAAAUACUUCCUUGUAGCAUGCUGUUUCGACUGAAAAUGAAUAGGUUGUAAACAUUAUAGUUCAUCAUCAUGUGAGUGCAAUACAGCUGUCCAUAAGUGUAAUAUAACUGUUUAUAAUUUAUAUAACAUAAAUUUUAAAUCAUGAUAUAAUUGAAAAAGCCAUUUAUUAUUCGAUUCACUUUAUAUGUACAGUAAAGUGCAUUAUAGAGUAUGUCUUAAUUUUAAUGGAACGGAAUAUUAUUUUAUGAAGUAAUUGUAAUUUUGUAUUGUUGGACAGUUAUAAAUAUAACUUAUUACUGUUGUAGCGAUGGGAUUAAUUUAAUUACUGUAAAAGCACACCAGUUGUUCUGUAAAUCCUUUAGUCCACUACUGCCUUGACCAUUCUGGUAAGCCUUUUUCAAGUGGUUCUGAAUAAUUAUGCUGUAGAAAAACAACUUCCAGAUGAUAAAAGUACAAGUUUAGUGGAUAUAAAAUCUUAUGUUGUUUUUUUUAUUUUACUAUCAUCAGCAAUGGGAAGUGGAUGUUAACAGCAGACAGAUUAAAAAUAUUCCAGAAGCAGCAGCUCCUACUCCAUUCUUAUCAGGUCUGGACUCAAAAAGCUCAGAGAGAGUCUACGUAAAUAAACACAGAUAUAGCUACCUCUUUUCCUAAUAAGAACUAAUAGUUACAUUGUACAGACAGCAUCCUGUAAAAUAGAAAUAUUUGGAACAUCAGAAUUUUAUUUUAUGAUUGUAUGUCACCAAAAAGAGGACACAGACUAAUGAGAUCGAUUUUCAACUAAAAUUAAAAAGCAGCUAUGCAUAAUGACUAUAAUAUGCAGUCCAGGUUCUUGUACAAAUCAAAAACAUCAUCUUUCUUGUCUGCUUACCUCUUGGUGAGACACUUAAAAGGUGAUACAACCAACAAACUAGUUUUAAAUUCCACAGUUGCAGGCAGAUGAUUGUUGGAUACCCCAUUUCAUUGUUGAGGCAGCAAGGCAUCUGCAGUCUGUUGAGUCUAAUUUGUUGUUCACAUUGUUAGUCAGAUCCUGAGGUUUGGAUGCUGUAGUGGAUUUACUUUAGUGUUCUAUUCCUCACUUAAUUUAUUCUUCAGACAACAAGUGUUUGUAUCUCAGCAAGCUCUUGAUCUACUACAGGCUUCCUUAAUAUUAUUCUGCAGUCAAGAAAAUCAGCUUUGACUGGUGAUGUUUGACAGUCUCAGUAUUCACAUAGGAGACCUAAGAUGCAGUAAGGCAAUAUCACAGAAUUGGUAAUGAGUGGAGUGGACUUUGUCUGAUUCCUGGCUGGGUCAGAGAUUUUCUCUGCUCAGGGACUGGGUAUUGUCAUUAUCAUCAUGAGACAUGCAAGUCGUAGAAGUGGCGUGAACUAAAAAGACUUGCAUCAGGUGACCGGUCUACUCAAUGGGAUGUCCUAGCCACUCGAAAUUUUAUUUCAGUAUCACAGUGUGUUACUUGCACAUCAAUCUUCUUUACAAAGUAGCUCUUUAAGCAAUAUGCAUGUGCCAAGUUUACCACACACCAUACCAAACCCUGUGCAUCAGUCCGCAGUGAGCUUGCUGGUGCUCCAUACGUAGAGACGAUCAGUUUGUACAGGACAUCGUAUCAUGACUACAGUAGUCCACUCAGAAUACCUUCAAAUCUUCUUCAAUCAUCCAAGACCAAGAAAAAAGUUUAUUUCAAAAAUCUUCUCUGCGGAGAUUAAAAGAGUUGUAAGUCCUGUAGCUGGUGAGUCGUAAAUGUGACACAUUAUUGUGAAUUUAGUUUAUAGAGAAUCUUUCUGUCUUCUGUCCCCUUAGCUUAAAUAAUAGGCCAGCAUGUUUGAGGUUUUACUUGACAUAGAAGAUCCUGGGUUUGAUCUGUGUUCAAACUGACUGAUUAAACAAUAAUAUUUCUGUCAAAAAAUACUAGAAUUAUUAUGCAAAGAUCUGUGUAUGUAUAGUCAGCAAAUAUGUGCAAGGUCAGAUAUUAUCACAGUUAUUUCUAUGAAAACCUCAAUCAUGUAUAUUAAAGUUCAGUCUCAAUUACCUAAACAUAACUAGACCUGGAUUAAGACAGUGACUGAAAUGUAAGCAGAUGAAUAAGUUCGAAAAAGUAACCCUUUCAGAACCCCUGGCUACAAUUGUGUAGAUUAAUAUUAACUGUAUAUUAGCUGCAACAGAAACAUUUUUGCUCAAUGAAAACUUCAUGUACUCGUCUGUGAAUUUUCAAUCUUUUCAUCAUGCAUGAGCGCUCCCACCUGUUGCCCACCACAGUAAAAAUAUCAGAAAGUGAAUGUAGCAGUGUGCAGCAGC